GCCCUGCAACCCUAUUAUACCCAGGGCUAUGUCCUCACCACCCUGCAUCCCAUCAUCCUUUCUGUUGGACGUACACGCUCCCUGCCCUUCAGCCUGCUUUACCGAGCCAUACUCGCCCGACCACGACCCAGGUACCAGACACACACACACACACACAGGAGCUGCUUCUCCAGGUAGAAAUUGCCCCAUUUCUAGAAUCAGUUUGAACCAUUAGGAAGGUAAAACACAGACUGACCUGAAAUCUGUGUCUAGGCCUAAGUCGUCACAACAACCCCUAAAGGUGUCCACAUGCUUCCCAGAUGAAACAGUUCGGAAGAGUUCGUGCAUAUAUUAUGGGGACAUUUUUGUUCGUUUUGGACAUCGGUGAGGGUUUUUUCAGCUGUUCGGGGACACACAUUAUUUUCUGGAGGCAAGCUGAAGUUCGGAGCCGAAGUCUACGCUUCUUUGUCGGUGAUUGGUCAACAGUAGGGUUUCUCCAAUAAAAUAUUUGUUGUCAUUCAGUGUUAAUCGACUCGUUUUCAUGCAAAUUCUUUCAUUGAGAACUGCACCAAACAUCUUAGUUAGAUGUCAAAUUGCGCGACUAAGAUCUCCUCAGCAAAAGGGUAAACAUUUAUGACAGAUUUCUUGAGUUAUCUCAGGUUAAUUCUGGCUAUUUUGGGGAAGUGUAUACUGGUUACGGCGUCUCAAAAUGGACAAACAGUACUAUUGCCACUUUUUUCUCAUUUUUCAAGCGAAGGGAGUAUGCGAGCACACUCGUUCGGUUUGCUAGCCGCCAGCCGAACUGAAGCAUGCUGACGCCUUUACCCCCCACCAUCCCUUAAUGUAUCUGAGCUCAGCAUUGAAACAAGCCACCCAGACUUAUACAUUUACAUUUUAGUCAUUUAGCAGACGCUCUUAACCAGAGCGACUUACAGGAGCAAUUAGGGUUAAGUGCCUUGCUCAAGGGCACAUUAACGUCAUUUAGCAGACGCUCUUAGCCAGAGCGACUCACAAAUUGGUGCGUUCACCCUAUAGCCAGUGGGAUAACCACUUUACAAUUUGGGGGGGGGGGGGGGGGGGGGGGGGGGGGGUUAGAAGGAAUACUUUAGCCUAUCCCAGGUAUUCCUUAAAGAGGUGGGGUUUCAAAUGUCUCCGGAAGGUGGUGAGUGACUCCGCUGUCCUGGCGUCGUGAGGGAGCUUGUUCCACCAUUGGGGUGCCAGAGCAGCGAACAGUUUUGACUGGGCUGAGCGGGAGCUGUGCUUCCGCAGAGGAAGGGGAGCCAGCAGGCCAGAGGUGGAUGAACGCAAUGUCCUCGUUUGGGUGUAGGGACUGAUCAGAGCCUGAAGGUACAGGGGUGCCGUUCCCCUCACUGCUCCAAAGGCAAGCACCAUGGUCUUGUAGCGGAUGCGAGCUUCAAUUGGAAGCCAGUGGAGUGUGCGGAGGAGGGGGGUGACGUGAGAGAACUUGGGAAGGUUGAACACCAGACGGGCUGCGGCAUUCUGGAUGAGUUGUAGGGGUUUAAUGGCACAGGCAGGGAGCCCAGCCAACAGCGAGUUGCAGUAGUCCAGACGGGAGAUGACAAGUGCCUGGACCAGGACCUGCGCCGCUUCCUGUGUAAGGCAGGGUCGCACUCUCCGAAUGUUGUAGAGCAUGAACCUGCAGGAGCGGGUCACCGCCUUGAUGUUGGCGGAGAACGACAGGGUGUUGUCCAGGGUCACGCCUAGGCUCUUCGCACUCUGGGAGGAGGACACAGCGGAGUUGUCUACCGUGAUGGCGAGAUCAUGGAACGGGCAGUCCUUCCCCGGGAGGAAGAGCAGCUCCGUCUUGCCAGGGUUCAGCUUGAGGUGGUGAUCCGUCAUCCAUACUGAUAUGUCUGCCAGACAUGCAGAGAUGCGAUUCGCCACCUGGUUAUCAGAAGGGGGAAAGGAGAAGAUUAGUUGUGUAUCGUCAGCGUAGCAAUGAUAGGAAAGGCCAUGUGAGGAUAUGACAGAGCCAAGUGACUUGGUGUAUAGGGAGAAAAGGAGAGGGCCCAAAACCGAUCCCUGGGGGACACCAGUGGUGAGAGCACGUGGUGCGGAGACAGCUUCCCGCCACGCCACUUGGUAGGAGCGACCGGUCAGGUAGGACGCAAUCCAGGAGUGAGCCGCGCCGGAGAUUCCCAUUUCGGAGAGGGUGGAGAGGAGGAUCUGAUGGUUCACAGUAUCAAAGGCAGCAGACAGGUCUAGAAGGACAAGAGCAGAGGAGAGAGAGUUAGCUUUAGCAGUGCGGAGAGUCUCUGUGACACAGAGAAGAGCAGUCUCAGUUGAAUGACCAGUCCUGAAACCUGAUUGGUUUGGAUCAAGAAGGUCAUUCUGAGAGAGAUAGCAAGAGAGUUGGCUAAAGACGGCACGCUCAAUAGUUUUGGAAAGAAAAGAAAGAAGGGAUACUGGUCUGUAGUUGUUGACAUCAGUGGGGUCGAGUGUUGGUUUUUUGAGAAGGGGAGUAACUCUCGCUCUCUUGAAGACGGAAGGGACAUGGCCAGCGGUCAAGGAUGAGUUGAUCAGCGAGGUGAGGUAGGGGAGAAGGUCACCGGAGAUGGUCUGGAGAAGGGAGGAGGGGAUGGGGUCAAGCGGGCAGGUUGUUGGGCGGCCUGCAGUCACAAGUCGCAGGAUCUUAUCUGGAGAGAGAGGGGAGAAAGAAGUCAAAGCAUAGGGUAGGGCAGUGUGAGCAGGACCAGCAGUGUCAUUAGACUUAACAAACAAGGAUCGGAUGUCGUCAACCUUCUUUUCAAAGUGGUUGACGAAGUCAUCCACAGAGAGAGAGGAGGGGGGGGGGGGGGGGAGGGAGGAUUCAGGAGGGAGGAAAAUGUGGCAAAGAGCUUCCUAGGGUUAGAGGCAGAUGCUUGGAAUUUAGAGUGGUAGAAGGUGGCCUUAGCAGCAGAAACAGAUGAAGAAAAUGUAGAGAGGAGGGAGUGAAAAGAUGCCAGGUCGGCAGGGAAUUUAGUUUUCUUCCAUUUCCGCUCCGCUGCCCGGAGCUCUGUUCUGUGAGCUCGCAAUGAGUCAUCAAGCCACGGAGCUGGAGGGGAGGACCGAGCCGGCCGGGAGGAUAGGGGACACAGAGAGUCAAAGGAUGCAGAAAGGGAGGAGAGGAGGGUUGAGGAGGCAGAAUCAGGAGAUUGGAGGGAGAAGGAUUGAGCAGAGGGAAGAGAUGAUAGGAUGGAAGAGGAGAGAGUAGUGGGAGAGAGAGAGCGAAGGUUGCGGCGGCGCAUUACCAUCUGUGUAAGGGCAGAGUGAGUAGUGUGGGAGGAGAGUGAGAGAGAAAAGGAAACAAAGUAGUGGUCGGAGACUUGGAGGGGAGUUGCAGUGAGAUUAGUAGAGGAGCAGCAUCUAGUGAAGAUGAGGUCAAGCGUAUUGCCUGCCUUGUGAGUAGGGGGGGACGGUGAGAGGGUGAGGUCAAAAGAGGAGAGGAGUGGAAAGAAGGAGGCAGAGAGAAAUGAGUCAAAUGUGGACAUAGGGAGGUUGAAAUCCCCCAAAACUGUGAGGGGUGAGCCAUCCUCAGGGAAGGAACUUAUCAAGGCGUCAAGCUCAUUGAUGAACUCUCCAAGGGAACCUGGAGGGCGAUAGAUGACAAGGAUAUUAAGCUUAAAUGGGCUAGUGACUGUGACAGCAUGGAAUUCAAAUGAGGAGAUAGACAGAUGGGUUAGGGGAAAAAUUGAGAAUGUCCACUUGGGAGAGAUGAGGAUUCCUGUACCACCACCCCUCUGACCAGAUGCUCUCGGGGUAUGCGAGAACACAUGGUCAGACGAGGAGAGAGCAGUAGGAGUAGCGGUGUUUUCAGUGGUGAUCCAUGUUUCCGUCAGCGCCAGGAAGUCGAGGGACUGGAGGUUGGCAUAGGCUGGGAUGAAGUCAGCUUUGUUGGCAGCAGAACGGCAGUUCCAGAGGCUGCCUGCGACCUGGAACUCCACGUGGGUGGUGCGUGCAGGGACCACCAGAUUGGAGAGGCAGCAGCCACGCGGUGUGGUGCGUUUGUGUAGCCUGUGCAGAGAGGAGAGAACAGGGAUAGGCAGAGGCAUAGUUGACAGGCUGUAGCAAAUGGCUACAAAAAUGCAGAGGAGAUCGGAAUGAAAUGGGCUAAGCAUCUGGGAGUGGAGAGAGCAGGGCCUCCCUCACCAAAACUUCUACCUCGGAAACUAAAAUUGUUUCACUGAACCACCCGAAGAAAAAACUCUCCCAACUUCCGCCUUUGGAAAUCAGAAUUGUUGUGAACCACAGCGGUUCAAUGUUUAAAGGAGUAGACUCAACCCACUUUGUUCAGCUAGCCAACUAUGACUCCAUAGCCAACUAGCAGACUAGCAUCCAAUAACAAUAACACACCGUUUAGCGCCAACACUUGGUCACAACAAACCACCAAUAUUGUGAUAACACACUAAACAGAUCAUUCGUGUCUGUGUCAAGUUCCUUACAUGACGCAGCAAUGAUUAGACGUUGGCUAGCUAGGACAAGUAAAUUGUGGUUAGCUACUUCAGUACAGCCAAAUGGUCAUGUUGGGUAGCUAGCAAUGGCCACUGUGUCGACUCUGUUUGAAGAACGGCUAGCUAGCUAGCUUCGUGCUACAGCUGGCACGGCCGAGGACACUGCCAAGACACAGUAACUACCCACAACAACCCACGAAGCCUAGCUAUGACGCCGUAGCCAACCUGCAAGCUAGCAUCCAUUAACACACAACUUAGCAUCAACACCUGGCCACAACAAACUGCCAAGAGUGUGUCAGCACACCAAACAGACAAUUCAAGUCCGUGUCGAGUUCCCUUCACAACGCAGCAAAAAAUAAUAAUAAUAAUAAUAAUAAUAAUAAUUAAACGUUGGAACCAGCUCUCCAGCGUUGCUAAUCGUUACCAAUAGCUACCCGCUAGCUAGCUAGCUUCGUGCCUCAAUUCUAACCCACAAUUACCCACGGAAAGCUACAAUAACAACAAUACUAACCUACAAUAAAUACAAUACCUAACUACAGCUAACUACCUACCUACGAUCUAGUACAUGGUUAAGCAAAAGUUAAACGUUGGGUAGGAGUACAUUACCGUUGGAACCAGCUCUCCAGCGUUGCUAAUCGUUACCAAUAGCUACCCGCUAGCUAGCUAGCCUCGUGCCUCGAUACUAAUCCACAAUUACCUAUGGAAAGCUACUACAACCACAAUACUAACCUACAAUAAAUUCAAUACCUAACUACAGCUAGCUACCUACCUACGAUCUAAUACAUGGUUAAGCAAAAGUUAAACGUUGGGUAGGAGUACAUUACCGUUGGAACCAGCUCUCCAGCGUUGCUAAUCGUUACCAAUAGCUACCCGCUAGCUAGCUAGCCUCAUGCCUCGAUACUAACCCACAAAUUACCCACGGAAAGCUACAAUAACAACAAUACUAACCUACAAUAAAUACAAUACCUAACUACAGCUAACUACCUACCUACGAUCUAAUACAUGGUUAAGCUUUACUCAACACUACAUGUAGCUUACCCCUACUUACCUCCAGCCAGAGAAAAACACGUCCUCUCCCGUGGUAGAUGGGUUAGGGGAAAAAUUGAGAAUGUCCACUUGGGAGAGAUGAGGAUUCCUGUACCACCACCCCUCUGACCAGAUGCUCUCGGGGUAUGCGAGAACACAUGGUCAGACGAGGAGAGAGCAGUAGGAGUAGCGGUGUUUUCAGUGGUGAUCCAUGUUUCCGUCAGCGCCAGGAAGUCGAGGGACUGGAGGUUGGCAUAGGCUGGGAUGAAGUCAGCUUUGUUGGCAGCAGAACGGCAGUUCCAGAGGCUGCCUGCGACCUGGAACUCCACGUGGGUGGUGCGUGCAGGGACCACCAGAUUGGAGAGGCAGCAGCCACGCGGUGUGGUGCGUUUGUGUAGCCUGUGCAGAGAGGAGAGAACAGGGAUAGGCAGAGGCAUAGUUGACAGGCUGUAGCAAAUGGCUACAAAAAUGCAGAGGAGAUCGGAAUGAAAUGGGCUAAGCAUCUGGGAGUGGAGAGAGCAGGGCCUCCCUCACCAAAACUUCUACCUCGGAAACUAAAAUUGUUUCACUGAACCACCCGAAGAAAAAACUCUCCCAACUUCCGCCUUUGGAAAUCAGAAUUGUUGUGAACCACAGCGGUUCAAUGUUUAAAGGAGUAGACUCAACCCACUUUGUUCAGCUAGCCAACUAUGACUCCAUAGCCAACUAGCAGACUAGCAUCCAAUAACAAUAACACACCGUUUAGCGCCAACACUUGGUCACAACAAACCACCAAUAUUGUGAUAACACACUAAACAGAUCAUUCGUGUCUGUGUCAAGUUCCUUACAUGACGCAGCAAUGAUUAGACGUUGGCUAGCUAGGACAAGUAAAUUGUGGUUAGCUACUUCAGUACAGCCAAAUGGUCAUGUUGGGUAGCUAGCAAUGGCCACUGUGUCGACUCUGUUUGAAGAACGGCUAGCUAGCUAGCUUCGUGCUACAGCUGGCACGGCCGAGGACACUGCCAAGACACAGUAACUACCCACAACAACCCACGAAGCCUAGCUAUGACGCCGUAGCCAACCUGCAAGCUAGCAUCCAUUAACACACAACUUAGCAUCAACACCUGGCCACAACAAACUGCCAAGAGUGUGUCAGCACACCAAACAGACAAUUCAAGUCCGUGUCGAGUUCCCUUCACAACGCAGCAAAAAAAUAAAAUAAUAAUAAUAAUAAUAAUUAAACGUUGGAACCAGCUCUCCAGCGUUGCUAAUCGUUACCAAUAGCUACCCGCUAGCUAGCUAGCUUCGUGCCUCAAUUCUAACCCACAAUUACCCACGGAAAGCUACAAUAACAACAAUACUAACCUACAAUAAAUACAAUACCUAACUACAGCUAACUACCUACCUACGAUCUAGUACAUGGUUAAGCAAAAGUUAAACGUUGGGUAGGAGUACAUUACCGUUGGAACCAGCUCUCCAGCGUUGCUAAUCGUUACCAAUAGCUACCCGCUAGCUAGCUAGCCUCGUGCCUCGAUACUAAUCCACAAUUACCUAUGGAAAGCUACUACAACCACAAUACUAACCUACAAUAAAUUCAAUACCUAACUACAGCUAGCUACCUACCUACGAUCUAAUACAUGGUUAAGCAAAAGUUAAACGUUGGGUAGGAGUACAUUACCGUUGGAACCAGCUCUCCAGCGUUGCUAAUCGUUACCAAUAGCUACCCGCUAGCUAGCUAGCCUCAUGCCUCGAUACUAACCCACAAAUUACCCACGGAAAGCUACAAUAACAACAAUACUAACCUACAAUAAAUACAAUACCUAACUACAGCUAACUACCUACCUACGAUCUAAUACAUGGUUAAGCUUUACUCAACACUACAUGUAGCUUACCCCUACUUACCUCCAGCCAGAGAAAAACACGUCCUCUCCCGUGGUAGCAGGGUUAUCCCAGCCAACCUGGGAAAUAUAUGAAUGAUAGAUGUAGCUGCAUAUUGAAUGCAAAGUCAGUGGGAGGUCAGACUGCUGUUUAAGAAGGAAGGGCGGGGGGAGACUCCUGGAGAGGAUGUUUUGGGGGGCUCUCAGCUUCAGGGGCUGCCAUUGGGUAGAAAUGUACCCUGACAACAACAUAUCUCUCAAUAGGGUUGCAGAGCCUCACACAUGGUGCCCCCUGUGUUAUUGUCAUACCUGUAAUAUUAUUAUAUUUAAUUAAUAUAAUUAAAAUAUAAAGGUGUUUUAUUUUAAUAUGUAUAUACUACAGUAUAUACACUACCUAUUUGGAAUGGUUGUUUAUCCUUUAUGUAAUGCUUAGAAAGUAGUCGUCAUCUCAUUAAUGAUUUAUAAGUUUUGUGCAAACAUUGACAAAAACAAAUCAAGUAUGAACUCUCCAGCUGGAUAGGGCUCAGUAGCGUGAUACCAUUUACCAAACUAAUCCAUACAGAUCUUUACAGCCAUCAGAGUAGCUAACAGUCAAAACACAUGAAUGACGAAUGAAUGACCUGUAUGCCGCUUGUGAUAAUCAGUGAUUAACAGUUUGAACCUGACUGAAUAUCUGUCUCUUUUCAUUUCUUUUAUUUUAUGUUCUCUCCUCUCUUCUCUGUCUCCUAGCAAGCAGGCGGUGUCCAUGUGUCACAGUGUUCCGGUGUUGAGGGUGGAGGAGUGGCCUAUCCCAGGAGAGUCCCUGACGGUGGACACUGUUAGAGCACUCAUUGACAGGGUGAACAGUAGUGCCCGGGGGGGCGUGAGGUUUGUGGGCUCGGUGCUCCAGCAGGCUGGAGGAGGGGGCAGUAACGGUAAGGUGCCUAGCCCCAGGAGGGGCUGCCGAUCCCUCCCACGCACCCCUCCAUGUACCCCUCCUGGAGAUGGAGACAGAGACCUGGAGGAGCACAGCCCUACCUACAGCCCUGGUGAGAUUCUUGUUUUCUUUCCUUUUCUCGUCCCGUGUCUCCUCUUCUCUCCUUUCCUCUUCUCUCCUUUCCUCUUCUCUCCUUUCCUUUCCUCUUCUCUCCUUUCCUUUCCUCUUCUCUCCUUUCCUCUUCUCUCCUUUCCUUUCCUCUUCUCUCCUUUCCUCUUCUCUUCUCUCCUUUCCUUUCCUUUCCUCUUCUUGUCUUUCCUCUCCUCCUCUUUUCUGUUCUCAUCUUUCCUCAGCUCUCAGGCUUCCACUUUCUCAUGACUUGGAAGGAUGGCAAUGUGAGACUACUUCUCUCCUCAUCUGUCUCCUCCCCUGAACAAUGUUGACAUGUGGGUUGUGAUGUCAGUGUAGUUCAGUUGAACUCUGUGUUGUGUGGCCUUUCCUGCCCCAGGGCUAUCUGUCAGAGAUAACCCUCACCCACCAAGCAGGGCACAACUCCUCACUACAGAGACAACCAUACAGACUGACAUGUCUUUGUCCUAAGCAGAGCAAGUUGAGUUCGUUAUAGUUCCCAUAACCUCAUUGAAUGUGUUUUAUCUCUGCAUCUUCUUUCUUCUCCUCCGUGAUGGCUAGAACUGGCAGAUUGAACUGACUCUCUCUCUCUCCCUCUCUCCCCCCCCCCCCCCUCCAUCUCUCCCUCCCUCCCCCCCCCCCCUCCAUCUCUCCCUCCUCCCCCUGUCUCCCUCCUCCCCCUCUCUCUCAGACCUGAGGUUGCUGGUGUUUUUCCACUCGUGGGCACCAGGCUGUGCUCCGCUGGACGCUCUGGCCUGCCAGUACCACCAGGGGGCGCUGUCCAUGCGCGUUUCCAGGAAGGGUCAAAUGGUCAGCGGGCUGGAGGCCGAUUGGCUGGAGCUGACUGCAGCCUACUACCGUAAAGGCUGGUCAUUGGUGGACUCGUUUGUGUACUGGGACACACCCAAAGGUACUGUCAAAUACAAAGAUAUAGAGAGACUUCUAAGGUGGAUGUAAGAUUAAUGUACAUCAGUGACAUCUUGCUUAGGAGUUGUAAGGCCUCCUCAUCUUCUUCCUCCUCUCCCUCCCUCUUCUCCCACUGUGGCUAUAUUUGGAGCUCUCUUCCCAACCUGGCUUCCUGUUCCGCCAUAGACUGGCAGCAUAAAAUCCACAUAAUUUGUAGACAUCUGGGGCCUGAGAAUAUAGCACACGGGGGUCUGUCGCUCUCUCACACACAGCCUAUUGCUUCAUGUCUUUAACUACCUCAUUGUCAUUCCAAUGACAUACUUUCAGUACUGACUAGAAUUCACUGCCUCAUGUAGAGCAUUGUUCACAUUGCAGUUCAGCAGCUAUGUUAAGGUAUCUGGUGAUGCACGUCUGUCCACCGAUUGCAUUCGUGUAACUCAUAGCUUAUGUAUGAUUUAAUGUUUUCUGGUUGAUAUGCAUUGUGUGUUGAUACACUGAACAAAAAUGUAAACGCAACAAGUAAAGUGUUGGUCCCAUGUUUCAUGAGCUGAAAUAAAAGCACAAAAAGCUUAUUUCUCUCAAAUGUUGUGCACAAAUGUGUUUACGUCCCUGUUAGUGAGCAUUUCUCCUUUGCCAAGAUAAUCCAUCCACCUGACAGGUGUGGCAUAUCAAGAAGCUAUUAAACAGCAUGAUCAUUACACAGGUGCCACAGAUGUCUCAAAUUUUGAGGGAGCGUGCAGUUAUUAAUUCCGCUAUGCCCUCAGACAACCCAUCAAACAGGUAAAGCAUCAAUACAGGACUAAGAUUGAAUCCUACUACACCGGCUCUGAUGAUUGUUGGAUGUGGCAGGGCUUGCAAACUAUUACUUCAAAGGGAAACCCAGCCGCGAGCUGCCUAGUGACCAGACGGGCUAAAUGCCUUUUAUGCUCGCUUCGAGGCAAGUAACACAGAAGCAUGCAUGAGAGCACCAGCUGUUCCGGACGACUGUGUGAUCACACUCUCCAUAGACGAUGUGAGCAAGACCUUUAAACAGGUCAACAUUCAACCUCUCCCUGACCGUGUCUGUAAUACCUACAUGUUUCAAGCAGACCACCAUAGUCCCUGUGCCCAAGAACGCCAAGGUAACCUGCCUAAAUGACUACCGACCUGUAGCACUCAUGUCUGUAGCCAUGAAGUGCUUUGAAAAGCUGGUCAUGGCUCACAUCAACACCAUCAUCCCGGAAACCCUAGACCCACUCCAAUUCACAUACCGCCCCAACAGAUCCACAGAUGACGCAAUCUCAAUUGCACUCCACACUGCCCUUUCCCAGCUUAACAAAUGUGACAGGUGGGAAAUGUGAGAAUGCUGUUCAUUGACUACAGCUCAGCGUUCAACACCAUAGUGUCCUCAAAGCUCAUCACUAAGCUAAGGACCCUGGGACUAAACACCUCUCUCUGCAACUGGAUCCUGGACUUCCUGACGGGCCGCCCCCAGGUGGUAAGGGUAGGCAACAACACAUCUGCCACGCUGAUCCUCAACACUGGGGCCUCUCAGGGGUAUGUGCUUAGUCCCCUCCUGUACUGCUUAUUUACCCAUGACUGCAUGGCCAAGCACGACUCCAACACCAUCAUUAAGUUUGCUGAUGACACAAAAGUGGUAGGCCUGAUUACCGACAACGAUGAGACAGCCUAUAGGGAGGUGGUCAGAGACCUGGCAGUGUGGUGCCAGGACAACAACGUGAGCAAGAAAAAGGAGCUGAUCGUGGACUACAGGAAAAGGAGGGCCGAAAACACGCCCCCAUUCACAUCGGCAGGGCUGUAGUGGAGCGGUAGAGAGCUUCAAGUUCCUUGGUGUCCACAUCACCAACAAACUAUCAUGGUCCAAACACACUAAGACAGUCGUGAAGAGGGCACGACAACGCCUAUUCCCCCUCUGGAGACUGAAAAGAUUUAGCAUGGGUCCCCAGAUCCUCAAAAAGUUAUACAGCUGCACCAUCGAGAGCCUACUGACCGGUUGCAUCACUGCCUGGUAUGGCAACUGCUCGGCAUCUGACCGUAAGGUGCUACAGAGGGUAUUGCGUAUGGCCCAGUACAUCACUGGGGCCAAGCUUCCUGCCAUCCAAGACCUCUAUACUAGGCGGUGUCAGAGGAAGGCCCUUAAAAUUCUCAGACUCCAGUCACCCAAGUCAUAGACUGUUCUCUCUGCUACCGCACGGUACCGCAGCACCAAGUCUAGGUCCAAAAGGCUCCUUAACAGCUUCUACUCCCCAAGCCAUAAGACUGCUGAACAAUUAAUCAAAUGGCUACCCAGACUAUUUGCAUUGACCCCCACACACUGCUGCUACUCGCUGUUUAUUAUCAAUGCAUAGUUACAUGUCCCUACCUACAUGUACAUAUUACCUCAAUUACCUCGACUAACCUGUAACCCUGCACAUUGACUCGGUACCGGUACCCUGUGUAUAUAGCCUUGUUAUUUUUAUUGUAUGUCUUUUUUUACUUUAGUUUAUUUAGGAAAUAUUUUCUUAACUCUUAUUUUCUUAACAGCAUUGUUGGUUAAGGGUAAGCAUUGGUGGUCCUCUGUAGCUAAAUUGGUAGAGCAUGGUGCUUGUAACGCCAGGGUAGUGGGUUCGAUCCCCGGGACCACCCAUACGUAAAAAUGUAUGCACACAUGACUGUAAGUCGCUUUGGAUUAAAGCGUCUGCUAAAUGGAAUAUUAUUAUAUUAUUAUUUCACGGUUGUUGUAUUCGGUGCAUGUGACAAAUAAAAAUGUGAUUUGAUUUGACUGUAGGAAUGUCCACCAGAGCUGUUGCCAGAGAAUAUCAUGGUAAUUUCUCUAACAUAAGACGCCUCCAAAUUCGUUUUAGACAAUUUGGCAGUACGUCCAACCGGCCUCACAUCCGCAGACGACUUGUAUGGCGUCGUGUGGGCGAGCGGUUUGCUGAUGUCAACGUUGUGAACAGAGUGCCCCAUGGUGCCGGUGGGGUAAUGGUAUGGGCAGGCAUAAGCUACGGACAAUGAACACAAUUGCAUUUUAUCGAUGGCAAUUUGAAUGCACAGAGAUACCGUGACGAGAUCCUGAGGUCCAUUGUCGUGCCAUUUAUCCGCCGCCAUCACCUCAUGUUUCAGCAUGAUAAUGCACAGCCCCAUGUCGCAAGGAUCUGUACACAAUUCCUGGAAGCUGAAAAUGGCCCAGUUUUUUCCAUGGCCUGCAUACUCACCAGACAUGUCACCCAUUGAGCAUGUUUGGGAUGCUCUGGAUUGAUGUGUACGACAGCGUGUUCCAGUUCCCACCAAUAUCCAGCAACUUCGCACAGCCUCUGAAGAGGAGUGGGACAACAUUCCACAGGCCACAAUCAACAGCCUGAUCAACUCUAUGCAGGAGAUGUGUAGCGCUGUAUGAGGCAAAUGGUGGUCACACCAGAUACUGACUGGCUUUCUGAUCCAUGCCCCUACUUUUUUUUUAAAGGUAUCUGUGACCAACAUAUGCAUAUCUGUAUUCCCAGUCACUGUAAGUCGAGCGUCUGCUAAAUGACUAAAAUGUAAAUGUAAAUGUAAUGUGAAAUCCAUAGAUUAGGGCCUAAUUUAUUUAUUUAAACUGACUGAUUUCCUUAUAUGAACUGUAACUCAGUAAAAUCUUGGAAAUUGUUUCAUGUUGCAUUUAUAUUUUUGUUCAGUAUAGUUUGCUGACUGAUGGUCUGUCUGUGUGUGUGUGUGUGUUGUGUUGUGUUGUGUUGUCAGGUGAGCCCGUGCCCAGGUCCCUAGAGGGGCUGUUUGUCUAUGAAGAGAGAAGUACUGCCCCUCCUGCCAACGACACUAUCGUAGUGGAGCAGUGGACCGUCAUCGAGGUAAGAGAGCCGUGUGUGUGCAUGCGUUACGUCUUACCUGAGUGUGUGAGUGUCAGCCAGUGAGGACAGGUGAAUGUGUUGCAGUAGGUAUUCGCUAGAGAAGAUCCUGUAAGGAGAGAGAGGUUAGCAUUACGUCUGUGUGUGUGGGGGGAGAGAGAGGUUAGCAUUACGUCUGUGUGUGUGUGGGGAGAGAGAGGUUAGCAUUACGUCUGUGUGUGUGUGGGGGAGAGAGAGGUUAGCAUUACGUCUGUGUGUGUGUGGGGAGAGAGAGGUUAGCAUUAUGUCUGUGUGUGUUGGGGGGGAGAGAGGUUAGCAUUACGUCUGUGUGUGUGUGGGGAGAGAGAGAUUAGCAUUAUGUUUGUGUGUGUGGGGAGAGAUUAGCAUUGUGUGUGGGGGGGAUUAGCAUUAUGUCUGUGUGUGGGGGGGAGAGAUUAGCAUUACGUCUGUGUGUGGGGGGAGAGAUUAGCAUUAUGUCUGUGUGUGGGGGGGAGAGAUUAGCAUUAUGUCUGUGUGUGGGGGGGAGAGAUUAGCAUUAUGUCUGAGUGUGGGGGGAAAGAUUAGCAUUAUGUCUGUGUGUGGGGGGGGAGAGAUUAGCAUUAUGUCUGUGUGGGGGGAGAGAGAGAUUAGCAUUAUGUCUGUGUGUGGGGGGAGAGAGAGAUUAGCAUUAUGUUUGUGUGUGGGGGGGAGAGAUUAGCAUUAUGUCUGUGUGUGGGGGGGGAGAGAUUAACAUUAUGUUUGUGUGUGUGGGGAGGGAUUAGCAUUGUGUGUGGGGGGGAUUAGCAUUACGUCUGUGUGUGGGGGGGAGAGAUUAGCAUUAUGUAUGUGUGUGGGGGGGGAGAGAUUAGCAUUAUGUCUGUGUGUGGGGGGGAGAGAUUAGCAUUAUGUUUGUGUGUGUGGGGAGAGAUUAGCAUUGUGUGUGGGGGGGAUUAGCAUUACGUCUGUGUGUGGGGGGGAGAGAUUAGCAUUAUGUCUGUGUGUGGGGUGAGAGAUUAGCAUUAUGUCUGUGUGUGGGGGGGGGGGAGAUUAGCAUAGUGUGUGUGGGGGGGGCUUAGCAUUAUGUCUGUGUGUGUGUGUGUGGGGGGGGAGAUUAGCAUCAUGUCUGUGUGUGUGGGGGAGAUAUUAGCAUCAUGUCUGUGUGGGGGGGGGGGGGGGGGAUUAGCAUUAUGUCUGUGUGGGGGGGGAGAGAUUAGAAUAGUGUGUGUGGGGGGGAUUAACAUUAUGUCUGUGUGUGGGGGGGAGAGAUUAGCAUCAUGUCUGUGUGUGGGGGGGAGAGAUUAGCAUAGUGUGUGUGGGGGGGCUUAGCAUUAUGUCUGUGUGUGUGUGUGUGGGGGGGGGGGGGGAGAUAUUAGCAUCAUGUCUGUGUGUGGGGGGAGAUAUUAGCAUCACGUCUGUGUGUGUGGUGGAGAUAUUAGCAUCAUGUCUGUGUGUGGGGGGGAGAUAUUAACAUUAUGUCUGUGUGUGGGGGGUAGAGAUUAGCAUCAUGUCUGUGUGUGUGGGGGAGAGAUUAGCAUUAUGUCUGUGUUUGGGGGAGAGAUUAGCAUUAUGUCUGUGUGUGUGGGGGGGGGCGAUUAGCAUCAUGUCUGUGUGUGUGGGGGAGAGAUUAGCAUCAUGUGUGUGGGGGGGAGAGAUUAGCAUCAUGUCUGUGUGUGUGGGGGAGAGAUUAGCAUCGUGUGUGUGGGGGGGAGAGAUUAGCAUCAUGUCUGUGUGUGUGGGGGAGAUAUUAGCAUCAUGUCUGUGUGUGGGGGGGAGAGAUUAGCAUUAUGUCUGUGGUUGGGGGGGUGAAGAGAGAUUAGCAUUUUGUCUGUGUGCGUGGGGGAGAGAUUAGCAUCUUGUCUAUGUGUGUGGGGGAGAGAUUAGCAUUAUGUCUGUGUGGGGGGGAGGGAUUAGCAUUAUGUCUGUGUGUGUGGGGGAGAGAUUAGCAUUAUGUGUGUGUGUGGGGGGGAGAGAUUAGCAUCAUGUCUGUGUGUGUGGGGGAGAGAUUAGCAUUAUGUCUGUGUGUGUGGGGGGGGAGAGAUUAGCAUCAUGUCUGUGUGUGGGGGAGAGAGAUUAGCAUUGUAUGUGUGUGGUGGGGGGGAGAGAUUAGCAUCAUGUCUGUGUGUGUGUGGAGAGAUUAGCAUUGUGUGUGGGGGGGAGAUUAGCAUUGUGUGUGGGGGGGAGAGAUUAGCAUUAUGUCUGUGUGUGGAGAGAUUACCAUCAUGUCUGUGUGUGUGGGGGAAAGAUUAGCAUCAUGUCUGUGUGUGUGUGGGGGGGAGAUUAGCAUUGUGUGGGGGAGAGAUUAGCAUCAUGUCUGUGUGUGGGGGGGAGAGAGAUUAGCAUCAUGUCUGUGUGGGGGGGAGAGAGAUUAGCAUUGUAUGUGUGUGGUGGGGGGAAGAGAUUAGCAUUCUGUCUGUGUGGGGGGGAGAGAGAUUAGCAUUCUGUCUGUGUGGGUGGGGGAGAGAGAUUAGCAUUGUGUGUGUGUGGAGAGAUUAGCAUUGUGUGUGGGGGGGAGAUUAGCAUUGUGUGUGGGGGGAGAGAUUAGCAUUAUGUCUGUGUGUGGAGAGAUUACCAUCAUGUCUGUGUGUGUGUGUGGGGGGGAGAUUAGCAUAAUGUCUGUGUGUGUGUGGGGGCGGGGAGAGAGAUUAGCAUCUGUACGCGUGUGAAAGUAAAACAGAGCUCAAACAACUAGUGGUGGUGAAUGACCUCAUUCACAUGUGACUUAAUGUGUGCCAACAACCCUAAUCGUAACACUAGAAGAUGGAUAAACAACUGUAGAAAACAUUCAACAAUUACCUCUAUCCAGUGUGUGACGAUUACCUCUAUCCAGUGUGUGACGAUUACCUCUAUCCAGUGUGUGACAACAUUGUUGUGCUGUGUAGGGUUCUGAUGUGAAGACCGAUUAUGGGCCACUCCUUCACACACUGGCUGAGUUCGGCUGGCUGCUCACCUGUGUCCUGCCCACACAUAUCAUCCGCCAUGACCGGUAACACACAUAAUUGAUGGAGAUUUUGAUAUUAAUGUUGUUGGACCAGUCUUGGCUCAAGUCUCUGUACUCAUUGAUGCACUCAAGGGAUGAACCUGACAUGGCACUUUAAUGUUUUGUGUGUUGCCUGAUGGUCCUUCUCAGAACAAAGGUGUCAAUUUUGUAGCCCGGGUCAUCAUGCCUUAUAUGACUGUUUUCCUUCAUAAACUCUUGUAAUGUUGUGUGUGUUUGUCUAGUGAUGGUAACCUGGCAACCAAGCAGGUGGUGUUCCUACAGAGACCAAUCAAGACCUCUUCAAUACCACAGAGGAACCAUGUGAGGGCUUGGUUUCAUUUAGAACGAAAUACUACAACAGGAAAGCUGCUAUUUGUGACAAUACUGCUCCCCUGUGGACGUUUUUAUGAUAAAGGGAAGUGGAAAAUGAAAGCAAAGUGAGAUGUAGCAGUAUCAUACAAAUCAAUGAAUUGUAUUAAAUUGCUACACUAUCAUGCCUAAACUUAACCUUAAACACGCAACUUUAAAAUUUGACGUUUGAGAAACAUGGAUGAACGUCUAAUUCUGAAGUGAGGGCUAGUUGCCAUUACACACAUCUGUGCUGCAUUAGAUAUGCGUGUUGCUUUUACAAUAUAUUUUUAUGACCUCUGACUAUAUGCACAAUGUUUAGCGUUACUGCAUUGAAAAGUCACCGUCACAGGGACAUGCUAGCCUCUUCCUCUCUGAUCCUCCCCUCUCUGUCCUCUCCCAGGCGGGGUCCAUUCAGAGGGACGUGUCCACUCGCUCUGUGAGUCAAGGUGUGGGCGGCCCCCUAACACCCCCCACUGUGGAGCUGUCCCCCACCGCUGGGGGUAUCGGGGGGUUCCCUGUUUUCGGAGGGGGGUACCCCAGCGCCCUGUCCCACCUAGAGGAGGGGGGCUUCGAGCACGACGACGGGGCGGCAGAGGUCACCUGC